AUGGAGCAAUUGAGGACCCUCCAAGUGAACGUUCCAUUUGUUGAAACAAUACUUCAUACACCCAAGUAUGCAACUUUGCUUAAGAACCUCUUCACUACAAGAAAAAAUAUGGAUGAAGUUGCUAAAGUGUUGCUAAAAAAACUGCCAGAAAAGAGUGGUGAUCCGGGAAGCAUCUCCCUACCUUUUCAAUUUGGGAACAUAAUUUCUACUCAUGUGUUGACCGAUUCGGGUGCAAGUAUUAAUCUAAUGCCAUAUUCUUUCUUCAAGAAGCUAAAGUUGACGAAGCCAAAGCCGAUUCAUAUGAAGAUCCAUUUACACAAUAAGACAAUAAUACAUCCAAGAGGAGUAUUUGAAGAUCUGCUCAUCAAAGUCGAUAAAUUUGUGUUUCCCAUGGACUUUUUAGUGCUUGACAUGGAAGAAGACCCAAAGGUUCCAAUCAUUCUUGGAAGACCAUUUUUGAAUACCGUCGGUGCAUUAGUCGAUAUGUGUGAAUCUACACUAACACUAAGGGUGGGGAACGAUUAA